AUGUCCCUCACCAUAGAUGUCCUCAAAACUGCAGAUCAAGAUUCCCUGAAACGAUCGAGAGAUGGCCUGAAUCUAGCACUUGAAUGCCCUGUUGAUGGUCAUACACAGCAGAUCACCCUGUCAUGGUUCCAAAGGCAGUGCCUUCUGGCAUACUAUACCUUCCAUCAGUACCCCGGACGGCAGUCGUGGAGCAGGGUUGGUGCUCUUACACGAAUGGCCUACGCUGCCGGCCUGAACCGCCUGGAUCAUCCUCGAGGAUAUUCCACUUUCCAGGUCAUGAACGAGACUGAUGACAUAGACGCAUGGCGACGGGUGUGGUGGGUGAUCUACUGUAUGGAUAGCUACACCAACGUCGCGGCCGCCACCCCCUUCCUUGUAGAGUACGAUAGUACACGCACGGCACUCCGGCAGUACCCGGCGGCAAACACAAAUUUGAUUGGAGACAAGCUAUUUCUUGCGAAUGAGCUAUCUCACCUGUGGAUGACAGUCGAGGAGAUAGCCGGCCGAAAACCACUGGACCACUUUGCUAUUCACCUCGUCACAACGUCGCUACUGAAGGAAGCAUGCAACAUACACCGUCUGGCCCUGAUGAACCCUUAUGUGGACUUGUCCGCACGAAGGGCAAGUCUGGACGACACAGUCGCCUUAGUGUCACUUGCACUACCUCCAGGCUACAACGACGUCAGGCGCCAGAUCCUGCAAGGAGAGUCGAUCGAGGACUUUCAUAUGAGACUUGUGAACUGCAUACACCUCGCAAUGAUUACCGCAGCUGCGCUCUUUUCUGCAACAACUUCGGUGCCGCCAUCUGCGUCGACCCCUUCCUGGCAGACCUUACUUGAGUGCAGCCUGACCAUCGCCAACAUUAUUGCUCACUGGGAUUCGAAUAUGCUUGCCGCUACUGAUCCGGCCAUUUGUUUGAUCGUCUUUGCACUACUGACAAUGCUCAAGCUUUAUGUCCGUUUCCACACAGAUGACAUCCCCGACAUUAAGGCGCGUGCGCAGCAGUGCGAGACUAAACUUAGUCUCUUUCUCAAGCAUUUUUCAGCAUUUUGGCAAUUGCCAAUAUACUUACUGGGUAUACAACGGAAGGUGGGCUUAGUGCUUGAGGGAUGCGCGACGUACGAGGACGCAAGAAAGACGCUGCAAGGCCAGGAAUGCGACGGCAUGAUGAAUCUCGAUGCCAUCCGCAAGCUGAUUCCGGUGAGGCAUACACCCCAGGCAAUGGGGACCGACAUCGACCUUUCAUGGCUGGAUGAUAUCGACUUCUCCGACAUGCCCCUUCUUGAAAGCGUUCCAGGAGAGAACAUCAUCAAUCUACAUACUUGA